CGCAUCUUCGAUAAAUUUUCUCUACGCACAUUGACUCCGAAGUUCUCGACUGGGCUCGCAUACGCAUUACACUUUGAAUCUCUCUGUGAGGUAGAUUAAAAGCCUGGCCUUCGAAAUCUCUCGCCCUCCAUGCCUCGUGUUCGUUUGACCGUUGGUAUUUACGACAUCGCCGAGCUGGUGAACCAAGGCAGUAGAGCUCUAGUCGCCCUGGAGUCCUUUAACGACAACUGUUUCUACGCACAUAAUACUACCGGGCGGAUGAAAGAGAAACUCCAAGAGCUUCAAGGCGCCGUGAACAGUGCAAAGUCCUUCGCCAAAACGAAUCAAACGAGCUCCGAUAUCAAGGAGAAGAUUGUCAAGCACGCUAAGCUGUGCGGCCAACACAUCAGCGGCUUAAAGGAGAAUCUGGACAAUCACACGAAAAAACGAUGCUGGGCCAACAAGAAGGAAAGCGCGUUGGAGAAUCAAACGAGGAAGAGCACAGCGAGUUUGAAGGACUCAGUUGGCCUUCUCGGAUUGAACUGUGUCAUUGCCCUGCAGUCGCUCGAGUGGUGCGAUCCAAUCGACACCAAAGCAGAUACAUACCAGUUGAUUGCUAUGAAAAAGAAGCUUCUGACCAAAAUGUACCCUCAUAAUCUCGCUGAUCUCAUCAAGCGGUCCAUGAAUGCCGAUGGUAGAGAGGCCCCUCCCACUUUCCCUAUUACCCUUGGAAAAGGCGGACAAAAACUAUCAUCUUCUAGUAGGCCGAUAAUUGCUAUCAUGAGGCUCGAAGAUUUACCGACGGUGUUGAAAGGACUGAAGACACAGGGAAUUGAAACCCAGAGGAGGAAGGGGAAGAGGCGGGUGAAAUGAAGGCUUAUCGGAGAUACGGGCCCGGGGAUAAAAUUAAGGCAACGACGGUCUUUUUGUAAUGGGCAGCGAGGAGUCUUCUUGGUUCAAGCAAAAUCGGGUGUGUAUGUAGGAUAUGGUUCCCUGUCUUGAUUCUAGUAUAUCGUGCUUCUUCAGCAUGGACACAAAUAAAUCGAUUCAUCAUCUCGAG